GCAAGGAUUUAUUCUUAGUUGUCAUUAAACGGGCACACCUUGCUGUUCCUUUUUCUUAUAUUCAUUAUGAAUUCCCUACUUUCUCGCAUUGCAGAAGUAGAACAUAAACCACUUUCUUACACUAUAUAUGACCAGUCUUCUCAAUCAGGAUCUUACCAUUCUCGUAAUAUAUGCAUCGACGAUCCAACUGAACAAUCUUCGCGUUGGUCUUCUGGUUCUCAUGACCAAUCCCAAUUCAUUACUCUUAAGCUUGACAAUCCUUCUGUAGCUUGUGAUAUCUUGUUUGGAAAGUUUCAUCGCAGUCAUGUAUGUAACCUAAAAGAGUUUAAGAUUUACGGUGGUAUGGAUCCACUUGAGAUGAAUGAGUUGUUACAUAAAGGUUUAACUGAUGAUAAUAAGCCUGAAACGUUUCCCAUAAGAUACACAUUUAAUGAUUUGGUAUUUCCAAUCCAAUAUAUAAAAAUUGUGCCAUUGGCCACUUUUGGUGUCAAAUUUAAUUAUAGUAUAUGGUACGUGCAGGUGAAGGGAGUUCAGGAUCCAGAAAUAAUGUCACAAGUCUACAGUGCAUUUAUACAACACAAAGAAAGGGAAACUAUUCGCAUGUGUUUAAAACAUUUUAGACAGAAAAAUAUGAUGGAUGUAUAUGAAACAUUGAAAUCGAAGACAGGCAUUGAAAUUGAACAUCCUAUGGUUGGAAAAUUACAUAAAUCUCUUGUUAUUAAUGGGGAUUUUGAUCAGGCAGAACAAGUUAUUCUGGAUGCAGACAAAAAAGCUAUUUUUCACCCAUUUGUAAAGGAUUCAUCAUUUAAACCGGAUUGGAAAAAGCUGGAUGCUUUUAAUGACGAGGGAAAUGCACCAUGUGCAAGAGGUGGGCAUCAGCUAUGCAUAGACCCUGAGCGUGAAAAAAUUUAUUUAUUCGGUGGAUGGGAUGGUAAAGUAGAAUUAGCGGAUUUCUGGUGUUACCACAUCAAAGAUAAUUGUUGGAAACUUCUGAGCUCCGAUACAACCUCACAAGGUGGGCCUUCUCCUAGAUCCUGCCAUACCAUGUGUUAUGAUCCCACAAGAAAAUCAAUUUAUGUUCUCGGUAGAUUCAAAGAAUAUCAACUAUCACCUUCCCCGGAUCCUGCUUCAUUUGAGUCUGAAUUCUUUCAAUAUUUUAUCGAGUUGGAUAGAUGGGUUAAAAUUAGUGACAAUACUCUGUUAGAUGGCGGUCCUCCUCUAUUGUACUAUCAUGAAAUGUGUGUGGAUCCCAUCAGUAGAAAGUUAUUUGUAUUUGGUGGCCUUGUUCUUACACCUGAUCCCGUUCCUGCGACUUACGGCGGAUUUUAUUCUUUCGAUUUGGAUCAGUGUAAGUGGAAAAUUUUAAGAUACGAUACCAACUAUAUUCAAGCGCCACUUGCGCCACCAGCAACUCCCCCGAAUUUCUUUCUAUCUGCAAAUUCCACCGGAGUAUCCUUUGUAUGUUCGCCCAACUCUUCGCUCACCAUUAAAUCCCGCGCAGGACAUUCCAUGUUACUAGACUCUAAAAAUCAGAAGAUUUAUAUAUUUAGGGGUCAACGAUCCAAAGAAUGUCUUAACGAUUUGCAAUGUUAUUUAAUUCAACAAGACAAACUGAUCACCAUCACACAAGAUUUUUCGAAAAUCAUCGGUCCUGAAUUAGGUUAUACUCAGCGUGCUGCUAUUGAUGUUGAGACGCAGGAACUGUAUAUAUACUUUGGGCUCUUCCAAAACAGACCCGCAGAUGUUGUAUAUAAUUGCUUCUGGGUUUAUAGUAUUAAUCAUAACACGUGGGAGAAGGUAUUUGAAAACGAUAAUCAGGACGCAGCUUACUGGAGCAAAGUCAAUCACAAAGAGCCGUAUCCUAGAUAUAGUCACCAAAUGGUCUAUAGCCCAAAAUCAAAGACAUAUUUUAUCUUUGGUGGACAUCCAGGUGAUCGAACAAAUGUCCAUAGACGACUUGAUGAUUUCUGGAUGCUUAAACUGACAAAACCAGAUACAAAUCAAGUUGUACGCCGUUGCCAAUAUCUUCUAAGGGCUCAAAAGUUGCACGAGUUAUGUAAACAACGGUGCCAGAAAUAUGACCAACAUGAUAUCAAUAAAGAUACGCAGAAUGCCUUAGAAUACUUAAAGCGCCGUGUCACACCGUUAGUCAAUUAUGAAAAUAAGGAAGAAAUUGAACAUUUUAAGCAGCUGUGCAUGGAGUUAUGUAUAUCACAAGAUAAUAAUGAUACUAAAUCAGUUACGUACUCUUCCCAAUCAAUCAAAGAUGAUAAUUUUUUGGAUCGUACCAAUGUAUUUCAGGCCUUGUUAGAGUUUUUUCCCGGAUGCAUGAAGGAGCCGACUGGUACCUUGAUUGACGCUGUUAAAAUUCUAUGAUAAAAAAUAAAAAAAUUAUGUUUAUAGUCUUUUGCUUAAUGUAAAUACAAAAAA